AUGAAGGUGACCAAUAUAACUACAGUGACUGAGUUUAUUCUACUGGGUAUUCCUUUUCUACAUGAUCUCCACAAUGUCUUCUUUGUAGUGGGCUUCUUCAUGUAUCUCACAACCAUCAUGGGAAAUGGGUUCAUCCUAGUCAUCGUAGCCAUCGAGCCAAGGCUUCAGACUCCCAUGUACAUCUUCCUGAGCAACCUGGCUUUUCUGGAGAUUUGUUACACUACAGCUGUUAUACCAAAGAUGUUACAGACUCUUGUAGAAACACGGACCACGAUUUGUUUCUAUUGCUGCAUGGCCCAGAUAUAUUUUCACUUUGCAUUGGGUGGUACAGAGCUUUUCAUUCUCACGGCAAUGUCCUUUGACCGUUAUUUGGCCAUAUGCAAGCCGCUCCAGUACCCACUAAUUAUGACUAAGCAUGUCUGUGUUCAGAUGUCCUUGGCUACUUGGUAUGGAGGAUUCUUCAUUUUGUUUUUUCAAUUUCUCCUUUUGUUGAAGUUGCCUUUCUGUGGAUCCAACAUCAUUGAUCAUUUCUACUGUGACAUAGGACCCCUCUUAAGCCUAGCCUGUGCUGAUACUCAUACCAUUGAGCUGCUGGGAUUGUUUAGCUCUUUCGUAAUCAUUAUUAUGACCUUGAUCUUAACAGUAGCCUCAUACAUCUUUAUCAUCUCUACCAUACUACGCAUUCCUUCAGCCGUUGGGCGCAAGAAGGCCUUCUCCACCUGUACAUCACACCUGAUUGUGGUGUCUAUAUUGUAUGGAGCACUGAUUGUCAUGUAUGUGAGGCCCAACAUGCAUUCCUCCUCUCGUGUAAGCAGGGUAUUAGCAGUGCUGAACACAGCCCUCACUCCAAUGUUGAACCCUUUCAUAUACACAAUAAGGAAUAAGGAAGUACAAGAGGCUGUCAGGAGUCUGAUACAGAAGAAAGGGUUCCUGAAUGAAGGUUUUUAA